AUGCAAGGCUUACAUUUAGAUGAACAAUCCUAUAUAAUAAACACCGGUGGCCUAGCACAAUCAUAUAAAGACUGCUUACCUUGUUCCCGGCUUUUUCCUAUGUGCCAGAUUACUAAGAUUAAAGGUAAUAAUAUGUUUAGUUCAGAAGUUCGCCGCGCAGUUCAGAAACGACGUGAUUAUGGAGAAACUUUUAAUCUUGCUAGAAAGGCGGUUCGAUCUGCGGUUGAGACAGGUGGUGAAACUUUUUGUCGUCUUAAAACAAGCCUUAAUGACUGGUUUGCUAAAGAACAAAGGUUAGCUCGUAUCGACAAUGAUGAUAAGGAAAAUUUUGAUUCUAGCCAA